CUUUGAUGAUGUAAAAUGCUGCCUUUUUAUUGGCUGCCUUUUACCUCCCCCCGUUGGGGAAAAAUAUUCAUUUGUUUUAAGAUGAGAAACAUUGCACCAAGCUUGCAAGGCGAAAGGUUUUGGAAGAAUUAAAAGUCUUUCUAUUUAUAUGGGAUUACUGAGCAGAUAUGGAAAGCCUGGAUGAUUUGGUGAAACUUUAUUUCAAACGUUGUUAUUCCUAUCGAGAAAUUUUGUAUACUUUACGUCAUGUACACAAUAUUUCAACAAGCAUAAGAACGCUUCACAGGACUCAUAGGAGGUUGAAUUUGUAUAGAAAAGGGCAUGUCUCGGAUACAAAAGAUUUGAUAGAGUUUGUGAGAGAGGAAUUAAACGGAUCAGGCUCUUGUGUGAGUUAUCGACAAAUGCAUCAUCGAUGUGUCAAUAACGGUUUGAGGGUGAACAGAAGCUCCGUUGCUGCGGCCAUGUCGGUCAUUGACCCGGAAGGUGUGGAAUGUAGAAGACGAAAGUACUUACGGCGCAGGAUGUAUUUUUCACGUGGCCCAAACUGGGUCUGGCAUAUUGAUGGCUAUGAUAAGCUGAAGCCGUAUGGUUUUUCUAUCCACAGUGCAAUAGACGGCUUCAGCCGUAAAAUCAUUUGGUUAGCUAUCUCACGAUCGAAUAAGGAACCGCGGUUUGUUUGCUCGUUAUAUCUUAACCAUGUAUCGCAAGUCAACAGAGUACCGAGGAUGGUUGUCGCAGACCUCGGUACACAAAAUAUAUAUGUUGCUGCUGCACAAAGAUUUCUAAGAAGAAAACACACAGAUUCCUCAUCUGCAUUUAAUAGCUUCAAGUACGGAAAAUCUACAAGCAACCAAAGAAUUGAAGCUUUAUGGUCUCACUUGAGGCGUGGCUGUACCAAUUGGUGGAUGAACUAUUUUAAGGAUCUCAUCGAAGUAGAAAAAUACAACAGUGCAAGCCCAAUUCAAAGGGAGUGUCUUUUUUUUUAUGAUGGUUUGAAUUCAGACUUAAAAGAGUUUAAACAGAGUUGGAAUGGACAUCGAUCAGACGUGUUGUAUCAUACACCAUCGUUUUCUGAUCCUUCAAUCCAAACUUACGAACAAAAUGUUGAUUAUAACGAUCUCAACCUACUUCAAACAACAUUUCAAUAUGAGACAGUUACUAAGCACAUUUGUACUGUGGAAUUUUUUGAAUUGGCUAGCAUACUUAUGGUUGAAAAUAGUUUAGUUCCAGCAAAGAAUGCAGAAGAAGCGCUAUGCUUGCAUGAAACAUUAUUGAGAUUAAUAGAUGCGGUAUAA